AUCAAUGUGCGCGCUGCUUUUGCUAUCAUGAGUUUUCUGUCAAAAUUAAAGGCGUUUGAUCUGAGCAGAUUUACAUCGAAGCUGCGCACCAGCAGACGCGACUCGGACAUGGCCAGCAGUACGGAAGUGUUGGUGUUUGGCUCCGCCAACAUCGACUACAUAACCUACGUGGAACACUUGCCGGAUCGAGGGGAAACCAUUUGCGCCAUGCAUCGUGAGCAGUGCUUUGGUGGCAAGGGAGCGAAUCAGUGUGUGGCUGCGGCAAAGCUGGGAGCGAACUGCGCCUUGGUGGCCAAUCUGGGCAACGAUCAGCUGGGCAAUGAUUACUACAACUAUCUGAAUCAGCUGGACGUUGAUGUGACCUAUGUGCAGCUGAAGGAGGAAUGCAGCACUGGCAUGGCGGAGGUGGUGGUGGCGGAUAAUGCGGACAACCAUGUGAUAGUUGUAGGUGGCGCUAAUAAUUUGCUAAAUGCCAAGGAUGUGACCAGAAGUCGCAGCAUGUUUAGACAUGCGCGCGUGCUGCUUUGUCAGCUGGAAACGGAUGAGCGUGCGGUGCUGUUUGCUCUCAAGCAAUUCAAAGGCAUCUCAGUGCUGAAUGCUUCACCUGCGCGCAAGGAUUUGCCCAUUGAGUUGAUCAAGGCGCCGCAUAUACUUUGCAUUAAUGAGCUGGAGGCAGCGCAGCUCACCAAUCGGCCAGAGAUCGUGUCACUUUACGAUGCCAAAGCCGCUGCUCAGCAGCUGCUGCGCAUGGGCGCCAAGAGCGUCAUCAUUACCAUGGGCGCACAGGGUGCAGUGCAUCUGUCCAAGCAGCAGCCAGACAACUGCACCCAUGUGCCAGCUGCUCAUGUCCGAUACCUGGCGGACACUUCAGGCGCCGGCGAUGCCUUUCCUAGGGCGCUCCUAGCCUUUCAUUUGUCACGCUUUCCCAAUCUGCGUCGCGAGUCGCACAUACAAGCGGCCAACAUAUGCGCCGCCUAUGCUGUGGGACAUCGCGGCACGCAGCCAAGCUUUCCAGGUCCAGAGCUGGCGCAGCACAGUCUCUGCAGCAUGCCACUGAUAUAUUCAGUUAUACCAGAUGCGCCGCCAGAGCCGGAGCCAGAGCCAGAGCCAGCGCCAGCGCCAGUUGUAGCCGACGCAGUGGAUGCAGCGCCUGUUGCUGGAGCAGCAGCAGCGGGCGCAGCGGGAGCAGCGGCUGUUGCAGCAGAGCCUGCAGCAGAAGCAGCGCAGCCAGCUGAAGCAGCAGCUGAGCCGCAAGUGGAGCCUGAAGCAAAAGCAGCGCCAGAGCCGGAGCCAGUGCCAGAAACAGAACCAGAACCAGUAGCUCAAGCUGCAGUAGAGCCCGAACUGCAAGCAAAGGAACCUGAACCUGAAGCAAAGGAACCUGAACCAGAAGCAAAGGAACCUGAACCAGAAGCAAACGAACCCGAACCGCAAGCAAAGGAACCCGAACCGCAAGCUAUGGAACCCGAGGCAGACGCUCAGAAAUCCGAAUCAGAAGCUAAGGAGCCGGAACCAGAAGCUACACCUAAGCGUGACUCCAAGAAUGACACCAGGCGACCCUCAGCGCAGCAGCGAGCAGCAGAAGCGGCAGCAAUUUAAACAAAAAUUUCAGGCAGUAGUUAAAAAACAAAAAUUUGCAGUUAAUAAAUAGAAACAGAUUUUCGAUAGCAG